GCGGCGGCCGGGGGAAGCCGCGAGGCCGGUCAUGCGGCUGCGGGGCCCGCGGCCCGGAGCGUCCGCCCAGCCCUGAGCGAGGCCCCGCAGGGCGCCCCCCGCCGCUGAGGAUGAGUCACUGCAGCAGCCGCGCCCUGACCCUGUUGAGCAGCGUGUUCGGUGCAUGCGGCUUGCUCCUCGUGGGCAUCGCGGUCAGCACGGACUACUGGCUGUACAUGGAGGAGGGCACCGUGUUGCCGCAGAACCAGACCACCGAGGUCAAGAUGGCGCUGCACGCUGGCCUCUGGCGAGUCUGCUUCUUUGCAGGUCGAGAGAAGGGUCGCUGCGUGGCCUCGGAAUACUUCCUUGAACCAGAGAUCAACUUGGUGACGGAAAACACGGAGAAUAUUUUGAAGACAGUGCGCACGGCCACUCCCUUCCCCAUGGUCAGUCUGUUCCUCGUUUUCACGGCCUUCGUCAUCAGCAACAUCGGCCACAUACGCCCUCAGAGGACCAUCCUAGCCUUCGUUUCUGGCAUCUUCUUCAUCCUGUCAGGCCUCUCCUUGGUGGUGGGCUUGGUCCUUUACAUCUCCAGCAUCAACGACGAGGUCAUGAACAGGCCCAGCAGCUCCGAACAGUACUUCCAUUACCGCUAUGGAUGGUCUUUUGCCUUCGCAGCUUCCUCCUUCCUGCUCAAAGAGGGGGCCGGCGUGAUGUCGGUGUACCUGUUCACCAAGCGCUACGCGGAGGAGGAGAUGUACCGCCCGCACCCCGCCUUCUACCGUCCGCGUCUCAGCGACUGCUCCGACUACUCCGGCCAGUUUCUGCAGCCCGAGGCGUGGCGUCGGGGCCGCAGCCCGUCGGACAUCUCAAGCGACGUCUCUAUCCAGAUGACGCAGAACUACCCUCCCGCCAUCAAGUACCCCGACCACCUGCACAUCUCCACCUCGCCCUGCUGAGGCGCGGCUGCUGGGAGCAUCCCCUCGCCCCUAGCCCAACCCCUCCCCGCGGGCCGCCCUGAACCGCAGCCCCUGCCAGGGAUACUCCCGCCAGAGUAAGCUGCUCCACCUUUAGGCCCCGCCCCGCCACCCUCCCUCUCUUCAAUGGCUCCUCCCACUUCCCCGACCUCUCCUCUUCAUUGGUUCCUUCCACUUGAAAAUGACCCCGCCCUCGGGUCUCAAGCCGCAUACGGCCACGCCCAGACAGUAGCCCCGCCCCUUCACCCGGUCCGCGAGCCCAGCACCCCCGAGCCCGCCGGAGCCGCUUCACUGCAGGGGCGCUGGGCUGGAGAGUGGGUUCGGCAGCCGCCAGGAAUGCCGAUCAUCUUCUCCCCUGCGCCCCGACUCCUGUCCCGACCUGCCGGGUACUUGGGUGCCGCUCCGCCCACAGCUCCGGGUCGGGUGGGGCUGGAGGUCGCGGAUAGGGCUCGCUGGGUCUCUGCCACCCACUCUCUCUGCGCCUCAGAGCCCCCGUUCUUUCUCGCUGGCUGGGCCUUUCCUGCCUCCUGAAGGUGACUUCCUUCUAGGGUUCCAGCCAGUCUUCUAGCUUUCCCAACUGUCCUUGGCCUUUCUUCCUCUCCCCCCCCCUCCCGCCCCCUUUCCUCCCUCCACCUGCACAACCCAAGCCCUCGGUGCAUCCAGCCCCGCUCUCCGAAAGACACGGGUGGGGACCCUAGGGUGGAGGGACCUUCCCCACGCCAUCUGCACACCUGUGCCCGCCUCUCCCCCCUCGAGGCCCCGUCGGGGGAGGGAGGGGCAGUAGCGGGGGUCAACACCCCCCCCAAAACCUUUGUCUUCCAUUUUCUGGCACUUCUCCUCAUUGAUGUCCCUCUUCCCAUCUCACACCCCCAACUUUGGCCUCUUUUAAGGGCCCGUCCGCCCCCAUGGACAGAUGGGGGAAAAGGGGAGGACACCAGGAAAUCACCCACCCGCCCCCCCUUAUUAGGGGAGGAGGG